UGAAUGCUAGAGUCUGUGGCUGACACUGUCUCCAUAGAAAAACCUGUUGGUGAUUAAAAUGUGCAUUUAUUUUGUAUAUUUUUACUAUAUUCUUUGAACCUCCAACCUGUAAAAUUGCUGACGUCAUUAUCCAGCCCUCGGUCAGUGACAAUGUUGUUAUUUACUGUCAUGCAGACUUCAGUCCAACAGAUUUAACCAAGUGAAUUUCAAAAGAAUUAUGAGAACUCACGUUAUGUAGGGCCAUAAGAUAACUGAGAAGAUGGCCUAUUUGUGUCCUUACAACCGUCCUCUUUAAAUCUCCUUUUUGUGCAUCCCACAUAAAAUCGCCCAUAUGGACAUUCAAGUCUAUCAAUGACAAAUGUAGUUUUAUAUAUUGGAUCUUCAAAACGUGACAUUCAAAAUCUUCUUCCUGGUCAGAAUUACAUCUGAGUGUUUUCUAGUGUUGGAGUUUUGAUCAGUGAAACAGUUUUCAUCAUUCACGUUCAUAUAUCACAACAGUUAAUUGCAAUUAAUCUUGAAAAUGAAUAAAAUCUCCAAUCUUCAUUCAAUAUCAGACUCUCGUACAUGUUUCUUCAAUGAAAUUUGCAUCUUCUUUGAUGCAGUACUAAACCUCUAUCAGUAGAGGGCAGUAUUUCUCUGCUACAUUCAGUAAAGCUGCAGUAAAGCCUCCAGGCUCCAUGAUCACGUUAUAUUGUGUUAAGGUGAAAGUGAAGGGUCAUCUUCAGCUUACAGAAAGUUAAACAAGGUGACUUACCUCAACACCUGCAGGUCAUGUUCAAGGUCCUCCGGUCUGAAGAUCGCAUUAAGCUGGCUGUACGUUUAGAGAGCGGAUGGUCGGAGCGGGUGCGCUACAUGGUUGUUAUCUACACCAACGGCCACCAGGACACAGAGGAAAAUAUCGUCCUGGGAAUGGACUUUACAGACAAGGACAGUAAAAAUUGCUCUAUUGGGAUGGUGCUACCACUGUGGAGUGAUACCAACAUACAUUUAGAUGGAGAUGGAGGCUUCAGUGUGAACACAGCAGGGCGGUCACAUGUCUUCAAGCCUGUUUCUGUGCAGGCCAUGUGGUCUGCCUUGCAGGUCCUCCACAAGGCAUGCGAGGCGUCGCGCCGGUUCAACUACUUUCCAGGGGGCAUCGCUCUUACGUGGAUGGCCUUCUAUGAGAGCUGCAUCAACUCGGAGCAAAGCUGCAUCAAUGAGUGGAACACUAUGACAGACCUGGAGACCACCCGGCCCGAUUCUCCCACAAUGUUUGUGGACCGGCCAACAGAACGAGAGAGAACAGAGUGUCUCAUUAAAGCCAAACUACGCACCAUCAUGACAUUUCAAGACCUGGAGAACAUCACCUCAAAGGAGAUCCGUAACGAGCUGGAGCAGCAUAUGAGCUGUAACCUCACAGAGUACAAGGAGUUUAUAGAUAAUGAGAUGCUUCUGAUUCUGGGUCAGAUGGACAAGGCUACACCUAUCUUUGAGCAUGUGUACCUGGGCUCCGAGUGGAACGCUUCCAACCUGGAAGAACUACGAGACUGCGGAGUGGGUUAUAUUCUGAAUGUCACCAGAGAGAUUGACAACUUCUUCCCGGGGAUGUUCUCUUAUCACAACGUCCGUGUAUACGAUGAGGAUGCUACCGACCUGCUGGCCCACUGGAACGACACCUACAACUUUAUUGUCAAAGCAAAGAAGAACAGUUCCAAGUGCCUGGUGCACUGUAAGAUGGGUGUGAGCCGGUCUGCCUCUACAGUUAUUGCCUAUGCAAUGAAGGAGUAUGGCUGGUCUCUGGAGAAAGCGUACAACUUUGUCAAGCAGAAACGAAGUAUAGCUCAGCCGAACGCUGGUUUCAUGAAACAGCUGGCAGAAUACGAGGGAAUCUUGGAUGCCAGUAAACAACGCCACAACAAGCUAUGGAGGCCUGAAACCGAUGAGGAGGGGUCGGAUGAUUUGCAAGCCUCCGGCCACUGUGCAGGUGGGGAGGGGACACCAGUGCUCAGAGAGGAGGAAGCCUGGGGAGGCUGCGGGGCGUCUCCCUGCAGGGGUAUGGGUCUAGAGAUGGAACCUCUUGACUCUCUUAACUACAAUUACUACUUCAGACGUUUGUCGGACUCUGCACUAGACAGUGAGCCCUCCACCCCAGUGCGGGGGCCGCCUCUGCUGGGUAUGGAAAGAGUUUUCAUUGAGAUCGAAGACGUGGAGAGAGACGCCCUAUUGGAGGACGAGGGCUUCCCCAUGGCCCACUUAGCCUUGCCUGGCGAGGGCACGGCUGCUCAGACGUGCGGGCGCCUUGACCCCCUGGAGGACAUGAGACUAAGGCUCGAGUUCAGCACUUUGGAGGAAGAGGACGAGGAAGAGGCCAAGAAAGAGGAGGCUGAGAUGGCAGCCUUGGCUCAAUCACCCGGAAAUUCAGAGGGGAGGAAGGCAGGGGAGGAGGCUGAGAGGAGGGAAGAAAGCCGGUUAGGCUUAGCCAAUCUCAACACAAACAACAGCAACCGCCUAGCUGCCAAGCGCAGCUGCCCUGCGGCCUUUGACGACAGUGCUAGCACAGGAAACCCUUUAAAAGUGAAGCCCUCCUAUCAAUCCUGUAAAGACUGCCUGCGUCUACCACAAGGGCGGCGCUGUGACCGUCCAGCAGGAGGCCGUUCCCACCGCCUUAACCCCUCCCGUCACUGCACUGUCCCCUCCAUAUGCAUAGAUCCGCCGGGGACCAUUUUUACUUCCACCCCAAUUCUACAGUCUCUGCCAGCGCCCGCAGUUGUCCCGCCUAACUUGGUCCAGCCUAGUAGUCAUCUCUACCGCUGUGCCACCUGCACCCCAGAUGUCCCACUAGCCAAUCACCAGAAACAGGUCUCGCCCAUGAGCUGCGAGGAAACCCCUAAUGACCGCAACUCAGUUGAGACCGAGGACAUGGACGAACCGCAGGCGGAUGAGGUGGAAGAAGAGACGUCAAGGGAGGGUGGUGGUGCAGUGGAGCUUGAGGAGCAGGGCCUAGCCCAGCUGCAAAUGCCAGGACUGGGGAUAGAGUUCGGUCUGGAACUGAUGCGACAGAGGGCAGAGCAGCUCGAGAAGCUGCCAAGCUUAGCCAUGGAGGGCCAGCUCCCAGUGGGGCCUUAAGAGAGCGGCCUAAGCAUGGAUGAGAUGGAGGAUGGACUACCUAAACCACUAUGAUGGCUGUGGGCCUUUAGAUGACUGGCACUGUGGUGUUGUACCAGAAACAAAAAGCUCUCCUCAGACCUGUACUGUCAUGUCCUGGCCUCAUAGCGCCACUGUCACAAGCUGCAGCAGCCCUCUCUGCAUUUACAGUGUUCUGUUAUUGUCUGCUGGCAUUAAAAUCCAGAUGAGGCUGGUUGUUUUCACCAUACGCUACAGGCUUGAAUGCUUCUGGCAAGGUAAGGACUGAAGACUUUCCGGUGUCCUCCACUUGUCCCUGAACUGGUCUCUUUGAGCCCGCCUGCCCCACAACACAUGCAGGAUCAUCAGACCUCCACACAGCCCAGUAGAAAUGAGCGUUAAGCUGCUAUUUUACCCUCAACUGGCAGGUUUGGCUUAUUUCCAAAACAGGACAGUGGUGGUUUGUAAGAUCUGGUUGUUGUGAACAUCUGCCAACUUGGUAAUUCCUUUCUGACUCCUGAGAGAACUCUAGCUAGCACUUUGAUGUUGAUGAAAAGAAAAAUACCCGAAAACGCUUCUGUCAGUGUACUGUAUGUUUCUCAAUCCAACUCAUCAACAGUAUCCAUGAAGGAGCUCAAUGAAUGUCUGCAGUUGAGCCUGUUGGAGUUUAUUCACUAUAUCUUCAUGUUACCACUGACAACUGAAUCCUCACUUACCUUCACUUACAUGUUCCCUGCCGCAGCUGCUUUUUGCAUCACGAGAGGGCAUUUCAUGUGAAAGCAUAACUUUUUUUUUUCUUUUUUUUUUUUUAAAAAAAGGAUGUGAGCAAAUGUGAGCCUUCUUAUGCCUCUUUGUAAAGCGUCGUACCUCGGACCACAAGCAUCUCGGGACUGUUUUGGUCAAAGACUGUUCUGUUGUCUCUGCUCAGCGGCUGGUUCAACCUGAUCUUUUCCAUUAAAGUUAAUGUAAUCAUGUC